UAAAGCUUUAUAUUGUUUGUAUUCUUGAUGAGCGUAGAAUUCUAAAUUGACGCCCGUUGCCGCAUAUAUGCUACGGUCGGAUGGGAAAUAGAAAGAUCAUCCACAUAUUUAUGACAGUUGAUGAUUUAAAACCCGAAUGUUUGUCAAUGCCCGCCAAAACAGGUUUGCAAUGGGUAUUUAAUUUGUAUAUAUUUAAAUCAAGUAGAUGCGUUAGGUAUAGAUUGACGCAUUUCUUCGUCACGUCCAGAAUAGCCAUCAAAAAUAUGGACAUGGGUACCCAAUACAAUAAUCAAUAAAAAAUGAUGUCUAAGUGGUGGUUAUCCAAACUUCAGAAGCGAUGCCGGCUGAUGUAGCUAGUCCCGAUUUAGCUAUUAUAGAGGAUGAUCUCAACUUGGAGGAAUUAAUGAAACAGAAAGCUCUUCUUCAAGCUCGAUUAGGUGCUUACAUGUCUGAUACUGAAGGUGACGACAGUCGUUCGCAGCGUGAAAUGGAACAUACUCUACCUGUGAAAUGUACUGAAAGUAGUGUAAGCAACAAAUACAGCAAGCGUAACGAACAUACCACCACUGCAAAUAGUAAACAUAAUUUAAAUAGAAUUUCUAAAGAUAAUGAAUCCGAUGUUAUAUUAUUGGAUGAUUCUAGCGGUGAUCGUUGCACACCGGAACGAUUUGACAGACAGCAGAACACGGUAAGGCAAAUGGACGAAAGUGGCGAGAAGAGAACAGCUCAUGAGACAUCACCGUUGUAUGUAGAUAGACUAGCAGAUCGACAGAUUCCGAUAGUCAUCAUCGUAGCUCAUGUACAGAACGGCAGGACAUGGAACGGCGCGCAAUCGAGGGAAUAGGGAUUCGUUGUUGCGUUAUCAUUGCAACAUACGCUGUAGCUAAUUAGAAAUUGACCGCAAAGCGCUUUGGCUCCAUUUAAGUUCGCUUUGGUGUUGCAAAGUCGCUGCUGUGACAUCUGGUGUACCAGGCGAAAUUUUUGUAUGAUAUUGGUUUGGAUGAUAUGCCAACACCACAUUAUCUACAUAAUCGACAUUUAAUAUGGAUAUCAGAGCAUUUGCCGCAUCCUUAACACACUCUUUGGAAUUUUUAUUCAUAAACAAUUUCACUCCAAUACUUAUUUCAUUUCGGGCAUUUUCCGUAAUUUUUUGUUUCAAUUCUGCAUUAGCACGCAACAGUUGUCCAUCGCUUUCGCGAAACUCGAUUUGAUCAUCAAUUGCUAGUCGAGAUUCCUCGCCUUCGGCUACUC